UGUUUGUUUGUUUGUUUGUUUGUUUUUCGUUUAAGCUCGGAACGUUUUUUUUUUUCUUCGUAUCCGGAUUUUGGGGCGGAGUGAGGCCUCUAAGUUGUAUUUUCUUUUUUACAUCCUCUCUGAAGCGGAAGCCGGAAGCUGUUUGUUGUCAGCAACAGUUGCCGUGUUUGAAGAGUUGUCGGUUUUCUUCGGUUUUCGUUUCUCGGUUUUUACCUUGCGGGGUUUCUUCGCGUGUGUGGGAUGAUCUCCGCAGGCCUCGGCCUUCCUAUGCGGGCCUCCGGGCGCUGACUGCCGCCUCUCUCAUCCUUUGAGCGGCCCGCGGCGGGAAGUUUGAACCGUUAGCCCCCGUGCUAACAGGACAGCUUUGAAACAGCUUUAUUAGCACUUGGUAGUUUAACAGCAUCAUGUCUGCUCCGGAGCAGUCCUCCUGCAGCUUGGACACCGGGGACGUAUUAAUCCGCUCUACCCGGGCGCUCCGCCCGGACCGGAGACCCGGAUCCGUCCAGAUCACCGUACGGAAGCUGCGGGAUCCUCCUCCCUCUCCUCAGACCCAGAAACAGAAGAAGCAGCAGCGGCGGAGUCCCAGACAGCAGACAGGUUUCGGUGCUCCACAGCGGAUAACAGCGGACCCGGAUCCCGGUAAGAAACCCGGAGGAGGGACCCAGGACCCCGCACACGUGGUGCAGUCAGGUGACGACGUGCUGACGUCACGUUUCGCAUCCGGAAGUCGAGGAGUUGUGUUGGCGGCCCUGAAGAAGCGCUCUCAGAGCGCCCCCCAGAGGAGGGAGGUCAGAGUACAGUUCCUAGACCCGAGCCCGCUCCACACUGCAGGAAACUCCUCGGACUGUCCUGCUCUGAGCUCCCAGGAUGCAGUGGGGGACACCGGGGUCCAGACACUUUCCUCUGGUCACCUGGGAGACACCAGCAAUGCAGCUGCAGCCGCCGCCGCCACAGCUGCAGCAGCGGCGGCGGCGGCUCCUCUCAUCAAGGCUCAGUCUGAUAUGGAGGCGCGAGUGGCUCAGCUGGCUGAUGGUGUCCAGAAGCUGCUGCAGGCCAACAGGGAGGGUGGGGACAGGGAGCGGAGCCUGAACCAGCAGACACUGCAGCACCUGGAGACACUGCACAACCAGCAACUGCAGCUGCAGAGCCAGCUGGUGGAAUCAGCCAUUAAGAUAGCGAGCGGCCACGCCUCCUCCACUGCUGACCCCACAGCUUCAGGCUGGCCUGGGCAUCUGCAGCUCACGCACCUGAAUACUGCAGCAAACAGCCUCGGCACCCAGCCACCGAGCUCCUCGCCAGUCGCAGCUCCCCCUGCUGCCCCAGUUACCAUGGAAACCCGCCGCCUUGACCGAUGGCCAGAUCAAACCAGGGAUGACCGGUAUCUCAGAGAUGCUCCCAGGGUUUCCAUGGCUGAAAGAUCUCAGCUCCAGUAUUUGGCCAAUCACAGCUGGGAGGCAGCGAGGAGAGCCAAUGACGUACUGCAGGAGAUGAAACGUCUGAAGACUGAGAUGAAGAUGCUGCUGACGCAGCCCGAAGACCCUCCAAAAACCACCAGACCCGCACCAGACCACCUCCAGUCCCAAGAAAACCAGUCCUAUCAAACCAGCUCCCAGGAAAAUAACUUCUGGUCCCAAUCUUCCCACUUUCAACGAAACCUAUCCCAUGAAAACCACUUACAAUCCCAACAAAACCAGUCUCAGUUCCAGCAAUCCCAGUUCCAUCAAAACCAGCCACAUGAAAAACACCUCCAGCUCCAGAAAAAUCAUCAGUCCAGUUUACAUCACACUGAGUCCCAACAAAGACAGUUCCAGCAAAACCCGUCCAAGUCCCAACUAUUCCAGUCCCAUCAAACCAGUGAUGGAGAAAAUAAGCUGUGGUCCCAGUCUUCCCAGUUCCAGUCACAGCAAUCCCAGUCUGUGCUGGUCCAGAGGAGGCCCAUGGCCCCGUCCUUGCUGGAGGAGGCGGGUCAGGUUCUCCGUCAAGUUCGUAAACAGAAGAAAGUUCUGGAGGAGAACCUGGAGGCUCUGCUAAGAGCCAGAACCGGAGAGGUCCUGCAGUGCCAGCUGGAGGCGCUGGCUGCGAACAGAGACCACAGCAACGAGGUCCGCAUCAAGAAGACGGUGGACGCCUGGAUCAGCAGGUUAAGCAGAGACAACCAGGCUGAGACGUCUUCAGGGAGCCAUGGCAUCCAUCGCUCAAUUCCAGAUGCUGAGGGCUCCGUCCACACAGGGAGGGGGAGGCCAGUGAGCACACUCAGAGGAACAGGAAGUUCAGGAAGAGGAACAGUGAGGAGAGGGAGCCGAGGGCAGAGAGCUGGAGUCAGAGUGCCACAGGGGAUGGAGCCUCAACUGGAGGCGGAUGGAGAGUCAUACCUGACCCGGCUGUAUGGCAGGGCGCCGUAUGAUGGUCUGAGACGGACCCUGAAGAAGUGCCCUUACCUUCGCCUCAGCUCACCUGGCUCGCCGCUCAGGAGGAAGUCUCGCCCUCGACUGGUGGAGAGUGUCAGAGGUGUGAAGCUGAAGUCCUGUAAGACUCAGACCAGCCUGGCCCCGCCCCUCACACAUAUCCCACCCCUCAAUCAGGCUCAACCAAUCAUUUUAGCCCCUCCAUUUGCUUCCUCCUCACCUGGACAACCUCAAAAUUUCAGCUCAUCCCACCUCACCUCAGAUCAUUAUGGUGACCUCACCGUGACCCCUGCAGACAGCCACCCUGUCACCAUGGCGAUCCCACUAGGUCGCCGCAGGAUGGAUUCUUCCUCCAGGUGUGAUCGGGAAGUGACAUCACCGCCCGCUGCUCCUCCCACAGCCUCUGUAGAUGAUGGAGCACCUGAACUGCAGGAGCAGCACCUGGAUGAAGCUCCUCCUCCUCUUCCUCCUCCAUCACACACCAUUAACAUCAUGGAAGGGAACGGUGGUGAAGAAGAGCAUAAUGUCUUCCCUGGAGCUGACUUCCUGUCUGUUGUUGAUGUUGUGCAGCAGGAGGCGAGUGUGUCAGCUGCGGAGGCCGUGGAGUUGGACGGGGUCCCGUCUCCCCCUCCGGUCCUCUACCAGGGUCCAGUAUUCCCUCCCCAGGCUCCCUCUACCCUCCCUGCCCAGGAUCAGAGACCCAUCCUGGGCAUCGACCUGCAGUGGGACUCCAUGGAGGACCGGCUGGUGGAAUGGGUGGAGCAGCAGCUGAUGUCCAGGAUGAUCUCAGACCUGUACCACCCCCCUCCCUCUGACCCCGCACAGAAUAAUGACACCGAUCAGUCAGAUCUGGAAGAGCGGAGCGUCACCUCAGACAUUGUGGAGGCUGCAGGUAAUGCAGGUUUGCAGCUGUUCGUGGACUCCAGCGUGCCGGUGGACUCUGAGUUAAUCCAGCAGCUGGUGAACGAGGUUCUGACUGAGAUGAUUGGUCUGAUGCUGGGUCAGAGAGACUCACUGGGUACAGAACCAGAACCGGGACAGGAACCACCAGAACCAGAAGCAGCAGCACAUCAGGAGAACAAACUGAUCCCACUGGUCCCCACACCAGAACCCACCCCACCACCUAGUCCAGCCCCACCCAGCAGAGAGACCACAGCUGUAACCACACCCCCGCCUUCAGAGCCAACAAGCCCACUGAGCAAAGAGCCUCCUCAGUCAGUCACAGCACCAGAGCUUGUAGCCACACCCAAUCUCAGCCCAGAGCCCGCCCCCUCUGCAGGAAGCCCAUCCGCUGUUCAUCAAGCCCACCCUCACUUUACCUGGGAAGAUGCUGAGCUCCCAUUGGAUGAGGAGAGACAGGUGGAAGAUGUGUCUCCAUACGAACCACCUCUGCUGAUGUCGGUAGCGGAGAAUGUGCCUCCUCUUUCCUCUCAUCAGUCUUCGCCUGCUCCUUCCUCCCUCCCACCUGCUCACUCCCCGUCUCCUCCACCUGAACCAGUACCGGCGUCUCCCUCCAGCUCCUCAGAGGACUCCAGCAGCUCCAGCAGCAGCACGGUGACGGCUGGCACCGAAGCAGCUCUGAAACACAUCUCAGAGGGAGAGCUGCUCAUUGGUGUCAACCAGCUGGCAGCCAUGACAGAGGGAGAGGCUGUCUGCAGCUUCAACAGCUCUCUGCAGGAGCUGCAGGACAUGGACUUUGACCCCCCCAGUGAAGGGCAGGUGAAAGGUCGUGACCUCCUGCGGGCCCUGCUGACCAAAAUGGAGCAGGGGGUCACACAGAGAGGAGAGAGGCCUCAACCUGAGGGCUCCUGGGGGAGGGAGAAUGAGGAGGUGAGCGUGGGGGAGGUGAGAGACGAUCAGAGUUCAAAACCUCACAGGAAACCAAGCUCUACACAGCGCGAUGAGACCUGCUCACCUGGACAGAUCAGCCACGCUGCAGAUGUGUCAGAGGUCAGUUUUGAAGCCACCAAUCAGGACUCAUUUACUUUAGGCGAUCCAGCAGGAGAACCAAUGGGUACACUGACCUCUGACUUCCACACAGAGCUGUCACUGUCUCCUCCUCCAUACUUGGAGAACACGCACAAUCCAGGACAGGUGUUGCUGGUCAGGAAAUACGACAGACACACAGCCAAUCAGAAGAAAGAGGAGGGAGGAGCCAGCAAGACGAACAUCCACCGGCCCCUGAUCAGACCUCAAGAGGAGCAGGAGGUGAUGGAGGACUCACUCAGUGUGGCUGCAGACUCCGGUUCCUCUGCCAACGAUGUUUUCUAGAAAAAAUAUUUUUAUAUACUAACAGAUUUUAACUAGAACAUUUAAAAUGAAUUAAUUUUGAUGGAAAGCUCAAUAAAUGUUUUUAAUAAGGUGUAUUUUUAUUUAUUUGUUCACAAGAAUAAAAGCUUAAUACUGGGUGACAGAAAUGUAGCACUACUUGUAGGUGGCUGUAAUUAAACCUCUGCUUAAAAAGCCAUCACUGACCCAGCUGUCUUAGCUAAUUAUAGGCCAAU